CUACUACUACCGGUUCUGGAUUUGGAUUCGGUUUUAAUAUUCGGUUUCCGUGGUCUUCCGAGCUUCUGACAUCAUUUAUUCGAGCCAGAACCACGCUUCUUGGCCACUAUCCAUCACUGUUUACCAACUUUACACUCUCAACCUCUCAACAAAAGACGCAUUUUUUUUUUUUGGUUUGGAAGAGAGAAGAAUGGAGAGAAAGGUUCUGAUAUUGUGCUCUGUUGUGGCCUUCUUGGGGCUGUUGUCGGCUGCAACUAGCUUCGGUGCAGAAGCGACAAGGAUUAAGGUUUCUCAGGUUCAUUUUGUUACACCAAACCAGUGCACGUAUCCUCGUAGUCCAGCUCUGCCUCUUGGUUUAAUUGCUGCAGUGGCUCUUGUGCUAUCUCAGAUAAUCAUAAAUGUUGGAACUGGGUGUGUUUGCUGCAGAAAAAAUUUGCAAAUCCCUGAUUCCAAUUGGAAGGUGGCACUGGCCUGCUUUGUUUUAUCCUGGUUCACAUUUGUAAUUGGUUUUCUCCUGUUGCUGACUGGCGCCGCGCUGAAUGAUCAACGCGGUGAAGAGAGUGUGUACUUUGGCUACUACUACUGCUAUGUUGUGAAACCUGGAGUGUUCGCGGGGGGUGCGAUUUUAUCGGUUGCAAGUGCUGCAUUUGGAAUUUUGUAUUACAUUUCUUUAACUGAAAAAAAUAAUGGUAUCCAAUACCCAUAUCCUAAUCAAGGGGUCAUAGCCAUGGCACAACCACAAAUCCCAUCUCAGACUAGUCAAGAACCUGUAUUCGUGCAUGAAGACACAUACAUCAGACGACAGUUCACAUGAUUGUGUGGAGGCUGCUUUAAUCAAAACAUUUCUUCUAAUGUUUACUCUUAGGAAGCAGUGUUUCUUAGGUCUUGUAUGUGCAUAUGCACCACUUUUGUGAGGGAGUUGUUCAUUUUGCCAUGUUUAUAAAUGGAUGUUCUAGACUAUGAAUCGUUGCCAUGUUUUAGAUAUUAGAUUCGAUGCAUGUGGAGGUAGGCUUGAAUAUGAUCUUUAAAGUAUUACAAGGUAUUAUGCAAAUACUAAAUAAUAGACUAUGAUUUUUUUUA